AUGGCUGUUUCUCACCAUCGUAUUAUUUCAGCCGAUUGGCAAGAGGAGUUUGGUCAGAGUGGCUCUGAUAUACUGCAAUCACCACGUGAUGACGCAUCUUCAACGGUCGAGUCGCCGCGUGAUGCCGCAUCGUUUACUGAUGGCAACAUCCAGCCGUCCACUUCCAUUCCAGUGUCAGCUGAGAUGGCGCACGCCGAUGCACCGGAUUCGCUUGGCGCAGAUCUCACAGAAUUUUUCCUUAACCUUUGCGUUUUCUUUCACAUUUCUGAGGAUUUUUGCAAACACCAACGAACGGUAUACUGCAGCUACCGCACUGGUUUUGGUGUUAGUUGUUGUGGUGGUACCAUUUUGGUGCAACUCUUCAAUAAUCCCAGUCGUUUUGUUGCACAGCACUCCACGUACUGUCAUGUUUUCCACCUCUCGUACACCUUUAUUAGCCGCCAUUCCGAUGUUGUCUCUCGAAAAAAGGGUAUGUUGCGAUCAGCACGUGAGCUUAAGACCGAUGCUUACGAAUGCGCAGCAAGCUGGGAAUCGGAAGAGAUGAGAGCGAUUGUUGCUGAAGCGGGCUAA